AUGGUCAAAUAUACCAGGAAGCUUGCACCAAUUGUUGGUGAUGAACGUAGACGAAGGAGGGCAUGUCAUGAUCGAACUCAAACUGUCAUGAAGAAAGGCGAUGAGUUGGCUGUGUUGUGCCCAGGUACUAGAGUCUGGGUGGUAGUCCAAAAUGAUGAGCAGACAUGUAUUUAUAGUUCUGAAGAGUCUUCUUCUCUGCCUAUAUUAUCUGCUAUUGAUAAUGUUAUUGCGACAGGUCCUGGCGAUUACAGAACACACAACGAAGUUAUGGCGACAGGUCUUACUCGGGCUAUACAAUAUACUCCCUCACCUUCCACCGCACAACCAGCAACUUCAUCCUUACCUGCCGCCAUCUCGUCCUUACCUGCUGCCAACUCAUCCUUACCUGCCAUCACCUCAUCUACACCUGUAAGCUCACCUCCACCAUCUAUCACUUCGCAAUAUGCCGGAGUUUCCAAACGCACAAAUCCUGCUUUGGACCGUGGGCGGAGCUUUCGGCGCCCAUUCGACCUUACAUAUAGUGAUGAAGAAGGGUUGGAAAGGGGUGCAAGACUCAGGAAAUAUACGAAUGAAAAUAUCCAUUCAAGCUCCAGACGAACCCCUCGAAUAAAAUCCGAAUCGGGCUCAAACUCAAGAUCUUACAUGAGAGACAUACCUAAGUUUAGGUCAUCACGCGAGAGAUCGUCGUCAGGAUCUAGGGCUUAUCUCUAA